AUGGAUCCUAGGAAUCCAUAUACUCAGUCUUCUUACUUAGGCCAUCUUAACAAUAUCCAUGAAAACUUAUCUUAUGAUAGUUUUCCCUCUACUGUUAACUUUGGAGCAUCAGAGAUCCCUCAUUUCAGUUCUCAACAAUCUGAUGCUCCAUCUCCACCCGAAGUAACAGCCGCGGAGCGUAGUCAGAGGACGAAAUGGACUCCAGCCGAUGAUGAGGUUCUCAUCAGUGCGUGGCUUAACACGUCGAAGGAUCCUAUUGUAGGAAAUUCACAAAAGGGAGGCACCUUCUGGGACCGAGUAGGAGCAUACUAUUCAGGAAGUCCUCAUGCUAUAGAAAAUGGUGAUCAGAGAAAUCAUCGUCACUGUAAGCAAAGGUGGCACAGACUUAAUGAUCAAGUUAACAAGUUCUGUGCCGCGUAUUCUGCAGCAGAGAGACAACUUGCCAGUGGUGAGUAUGACACUGAUGUUCUAAAGAAAGCUCACCAUAUCUUCUUCACUGAUCAGGGGACCAGAUUUAACCUCGAGCACGCGUGGUGUCUCUUGAGGCAUGAACAGAAAUGGGCAGAUUUAAAUUUUAAUAUUUAA